UUGGUCAAGAACGCGAUUUUAUGUGACGUCUAUGAGGUAACCUUUUUCGAACGCUUUGAUUUUUUUAUUUUUUUUAUUUUAUUUUAUUUUUUUGUAUUUGCAAACACUAGAAUGAGUCAAGAUGCUAAAGAGGGAGACGAUGGUCUUAAUCUAAAAUUCCAUACCAAAUUACUCCCAAAGACAGUAGCAGAAAUAGAAGAGGUACAUGCUAGAGUACGUAAACUCUUUGUUCGUAAACGUACCAAAGCAGGUCAUACAGCUAUCCAAAAGCCCAAAGUAAAGACAGCCGCUGAACGUAAAAUAGAAGCCACACAACGACAAAAGGACAUUAAAGAUUAUUCAAAAUCAAUCGGAUAUUCCAAGUACUAUUAUGAUGAGCAACAUGAAUACAGACAUGUUGUAUUACCUAAAAUAUUGGCAAAAUGGUUACCGCAUGCUGGUCUACUCAAGGAAGAAGAAUGGUCUAGUCUUGGCGUUUCGCAAUCAUCUGGUUGGCAACAUUAUAUGGUCUAUGCUCCAGAACCUCACAUUCUGUUGUUCAGAAGAGAAAAAGAUUACCUUGCCAAAGUAAGUUGUUCACUCCCUACAUCAACAUCUCUCUAUCUCUUUCUCUCUCCUUACCCUCCAAAAUGCUAAAAAUCAUCACACACAAAAAAAAAAAGCACGGGGAAGAGGUAUUACCUGCUAGACAAGAGGUAAAAGAAAAAGCAGCAACUCCAGAGGCAUCCAACGUAGUACCAGAGCCUAAACCCCGUGUCAGAUCCACACGAUCAUCAUCCGCUGCUACCAAAGCAGCAAAGGCAUUGGAAGCACCUGCCAAUUGACAAAGAUAGGGGUUAUACAAAUAUGCUUUCUUUUUUUUUUUUGGCCCGGACAAGCGUCCCUUUUUAGUAAUCAAGCCACGCACAACAAUAUUUUAGCCAAGAUUUCUUACAUCAUUUCUUUUUGGGGGGUUAAAAUCAAAAACUUGGCAA